CAGAAAAGGCGCCGGAUAUAAUCGUGCGCCGCGAUAUAAAAAGGCUCCCAUACACCCCCGCGCAAAUUAGGGUUCGUCCUCACUAACUCACAGUCACCCCUCCUUCCACCAACGGAUCAAUCCCCCACAACAAGCAUUCAAAUUUUUCAAACCCAGGCGGGCAAAAUCUCACAACGCCGAUUCUCAUUCCUUCAGGGUACAAAAUGGUCUUAGGUUCUCUCAUUGAUUGAGAAGUUGUGUAGGCUACCAUGUCUGAAGAGGCUGCACAGAUGAUGGUGGUUUAUGAUGACCAUUCAGAUCAAAGAUCUUUUUCUUUUGAGGAUACAAGUAGCACAGAGGAAUCUCCAGACAAAACAAGGCUAUCCAUAGAAACUAGUAAUGAUGUGGUACCUUACAUUGGGCAAAGGUUUGCCUCUCAUGAUGGUGCAUAUGAGUUUUACAGUGAUUUUGCAAAACGCUGUGGUUUUUCUAUCAGGCGCCAUCGCACAGAGGGUAAAGAUGGUGUAGGCAAAGGGCUUACAAGGCGUUACUUUGUUUGCCAUCGUGCUGGCAAUACUCCUGUCAAAACCACCAAUGACAAUAAAUCUCAGAGAAAUAGAAAAUCUUCUAGAUGUGGAUGUCAAGCAUAUAUGCGGAUAAGCAAGACAACUGAAUUGGGACUACCUGAAUGGCGAGUCACAGGGUUUGUAAACCACCAUAAUCAUGAACUCCUAGAACCAAACCAAGUGCGCUUUCUUCCUGCAUACCGGACCAUAUCUGAUGCAGACAAGAGCAGAAUCCUGAUGUUUGCUAAAACAGGAAUUUCAGUGCAACAGAUGAUGAGGCUGAUGGAGCUUGAGAAAUGUGUUGAGCCAGGAUAUUUGCCUUUCACAGAGAAAGAUGUUAGGAACUUGCUCCAGUCAUGUAGGAAAGUGGAUCCAGAGGACGAGAGCAUAGACUUGUUGAGAAUGUGUAGAAACAUUAAGGAUAAAGACCCUAACUUUAUGUUUGAUUUUACACUGGAUUUGGACAAUAGGUUGGAGAAUAUUGCAUGGUCGUAUGCCUCAUCAAUCCAGUCUUAUGAAAUUUUUGGUGACGCUGUGGUUUUUGACACGACUCACCGCUUGUCUGCUUUUGACAUGCCUCUUGGAAUUUGGGUUGGAAUAAACAAUUAUGGUAUGCCUUGCUUCUUUGGUUGUGUGCUUCUAAGGGAGGAAAAUUUGAGGACAUAUUCAUGGGCUUUGAAGGCAUUCUUAGGAUUCAUGAAUGCGAAGGCCCCGCAAACAAUAUUAACUGAUCAAAAUAUGUGUCUCAAGGAAGCAAUAGAAUUGGAGAUGCCAAGUGCCAAGCAUGCACUUUGCAUUUGGUUAAUCGUGGCAAAGUUCCCUUCCUGGUUCAAUGCAGUUUUAGGAGAACGCUACAAUGAGUGGAAGGCUGAAUUUUACCAUCUAUAUAAUCUGGAGUCAACUGAGGAUUUUGAAUUGGGUUGGAGAGACAUGGUGAAUUCCUUUGGCUUACACAGUAACAGGCACAUUGCUAGUCUGUUUGCCUUACGGUCACUCUGGGCUCUGCCGUACUUGAGAAGCCAUUUCUUUGCAGGAAUGACCACUACUGUCCACUCAAAAUCAAUUAAUGCUUUUAUUCAACGGUUUUUGAGUGCACAAACCAGGCUUGCACACUUUGUGGAGCAGGCAGCCGUCACAGUGGAUUUCAAGGAUCAAAUGGGAGAACAGCAGACAAUGCAGCAGAAUCUUCAGAACCUUUGCUUGAAAACGGGGGCACCAAUGGAAUCUCAUGCUGCUACUGUUCUUACACCUUUUGCUUUUUCUAAGCUCCAGGAACAGCUGGUUUUGGCUGCUCACUAUGCUUCGUUUCAGAUGGAAGAUUGUUUCCUGGUGAGACACCACACUAAACUUGAUGGAGGUCGGAAAGUUUACUGGGUUCCAAGGGAAGGCAUUAUAAGUUGCAGCUGCCAUCAGUUUGAGUUCUCAGGAAUCCUUUGUCGGCAUGCUCUUCGUGUAUUGUCCACAGGAAAUUGCUUCCAAUUUCCAGAUCGCUACCUUCCUCUCCGAUGGCGUCGAAUCAGUACGCCGUCUGCCAAACUCCAUCAGACGACUCCAAGUGAGCACACAGACAGGAUUCAGUUAUUGCAGACCAUACUAUCCUCCCUGAUUACAGAAUGUGCAAAGUCACGAGAACGUCUUGAUAUAGCCACUGAGCAAGUUUCCAUUCUUCUAUCUCGAAUAAGGGAGCAUCCAGUUCCGGUUUGUCCGCAAGGCACGAGAGAAAACUCCGCCAAUCCUAGAAAUCACUGACAUAUUAUAACGUAUAUUGAUUUGGCACAUUUUAAGAUUAUUGCUUCAGGGAGGAAAGAAUCAACUUGGUUCCUUUUUCGUUCCCUAAAUUGUAAAGUUAGAAUUAGAAUACAAGCUUGCUUUUGUAAGGUACUAACUGGUAGCUUGCUUGUUAGCAGAUGCUUUUUGCUUUGACAUUUUUGUAGUUCUAUUGAGAUUGUAAUUACUCUAGCACAAACUUGUCUCCUCGAUUAACACGUACAGAAGAAAGGAAAGAGCGAAAUUUUGCAUUUUCUGUUCA